AUGCCCCGGUCCACGGCUGCCAAUGCCAUCGACUGGGAGCCGCCUGGCGGGGGCGCCGAGGCCUCAUCGUCGCGCCAAACCCGCCAAAACCGCCAGUCGCCGACGAGUCCGCUGGCACGCUUGUCUACGAUCAUGGCCUCUGUCCGGAGCAGCCUCGUGGGCCAGCCGCCAAGUGACGAGGAAAUCGGCAGAGCGCAGACCCAAGUCUACUACAGCGAGGACAAGACCACGGGGAGCAGCAGCGACGACGAUGGGCCCAAGGGCAGGGCCGGCAAGGCCGGCGUCCGCGGGAAGGCCAGCUCUCUGCGUGCCGUGUCGUCUCUCGAGUCGCUCUCUGUGGCGCAAGAGCGCCGGGACGCAGAGAGAGCAGAGAGAGCAGAGAGAGCUCGUCGGCUCAGCACGAUGACGGAAGACCGUGCGGACGACGGUCGUUUUGGGUGUCUCCCCGCCGCCCUUCGACGCCGUCGCCGUGUGCUCCUGAUGGCAGCCGGCGUCCUGGCCGCACUGGUCUUGGUCAUUGGCCUCAGUGCCGGCCUGGGCGUGCGUGCCGCCAAGGCUCGGCAUGCGCUCCUGGCCGGCCCUGGUGCCAACAUGUCUGCCACAUCUACACCGUCCAUCGUCCCCCCACAUCCCACAGCCACGCCCAUUGAUUUCAACGUCACAUCGUCCGCCAACGCUACAUCACCAACGUCCACGUCGACGCUGCCGUCGUCUACCCUCUCGUCCAACGCAACCACAGUCGUGCCGCCCACGUCUUCCAGUACGCCUCCACCGGCCGUCGUGCCAUCCUCCAGCACUACACCUGCCCCGGCACCUCUUGCCACGCCUGCUCCUUCACCCUCACCAUCACCGUCACCGUCACCGACGACCACACUCAUACUAACGACGCCGGCUCCUUCUCCAGAUCCGGCGCCCACGCCAUCACCCACGCCAGAGCCUGCGCCCACACCGGACCCGGCACCAGCUCCUGUGCCGGUUCCUGUGCCUGCGCCCGCGCCACCCACGUCGCCCUCGUCGCCGUCCUCCAGCAACCCGUCCGGCGGCCCCUUUGCGGGCGACGUCACCUACUAUGUCCCCGGCCUGGGGGCCUGUGGUCGCUACAGCGCCGCCACCGACUACAUUGCCGCCGUCUCCCAGUCGCUGUACGACGCCGUCGGCGCCGCCCACGGCGUCAGCAACCCCAACAACAACCCGCUGUGUGGCCGCCGCAUCCGCGUCGCGCUCGGCGGCGGCGUGGGCGCGACCGUCGACGUCACCAUCGUCGACCGCUGCACGGCCUGUGCGGAAAACGACGUCGACCUUUCGCCGAGCGCCUUUGGGCAGCUGGCCGGGGCUGCGAUGGGACGUGUCCAAGGGUCCUGGUUCUUUUUGGACUAG